UGGCUGUGUCACAAAGAAUGUCCUCGACUUGGAUUGAUCAGGUCAGGUCGUCGCAUAAUCUGCAACUAGCGGCCACGGCGGUGGCUUCUGGAUUGCUGGUUGGAAGUGCGAUUUUAGGGCUGCAAAAGGCAAAGCAACAGUAUCGGGUUUCUGAUCUCAAGAGCUCGAUUCCUGAUCUUGACAAAGAUGAGAAUGUUGUUCAAAUAAACAAUUUUGGCGGUGCUGUGCAAGAUGGCUCGAGAUCAUCAAAAGAAGAUGAGAGAGGUGCUGCUCUUGCUGCCAGAGCUCGCUUGGGAGACUAUGAUGAAGAACAAUUGGCCCGUAACCGCGUCUUCCUCACCGACGACGGUCUGAAGAAGCUACGAAAUGCAUUCAUCAUCAUUGUUGGAGUCGGUGGUGUGGGUUCGCAUGCUGCAGCUGCUCUUGCCAGAUCUGGAGCUGGAAAACUACGCAUCAUUGAUUUUGACCAGGUCACUCUUUCUUCUCUGAACAGACACGCCGUGGCCACGCUUGCAGAUGUAGGAACACCAAAGGUCCAUUGUCUACGCAAACGUCUCGAGCAAAUCACACCAUGGACACACUUCGACUGUAGAAACGAACUCUUUGUAGGCUCAACCGCCGAAUCACAACUAGCACCUUGGGCAGAUGGCCACAAGCCCGACUUUGUCAUUGAUGCCAUUGACAAUAUUGACAGCAAGGUCGACCUUCUAGCCUACUGUCACAAGCACAACAUCAAAGUCAUUUCCUCCAUGGGCGCGGGCUGCAAAUCUGAUCCCACCCGCGUGUUCCUCGGCGACAUCUCUACUAGCACAGACGACCCUCUCUCCCGAUCCACACGACGCAGACUACGUGCAAAGGNNGGAGUCAAAGAUGGUAUUCCUGUCGUCUUCUCCAGCGAGAAAACCGCCCCUGGCAAAGCUCAACUCCUCCCCCUCUCCGAUGAAGAACACGCANAAGGCAGUGUCGGCGAGCUCGGCGUGCUCCCAGAGUUCAGAGUCAGAAUCCUGCCUGUGCUAGGCACCAUGCCAGCAAUCUUUGGCCUUUGCGUUGCAAACCAUGUCAUGCUGGCAAUCAGCGGUUACCCUCACGAGUACCUACCUUCUAAGUCUAGAGACAAGAUGUACGAUGGUAUCUUGGCUAGCUUGCAAGGCUCAGAGGAGCGUGUAGCCCGCCACAUGUCCCUCGACCCCCUCGGUCUCCGCAUCCCCAUCACCCAAGAAGACGUCGGUUACGUUGUUGAAGAAGUCUACCGUGGUCGCAGUGUAGUCAGUGGUCUAGCCAGCCGUCUCGCACUCGUGCGUUGGCACAAACCCCAAGGCCAAUUCAUCGAUACCAGCAUUGCAGGACAAAAGAGCUCCAACAUCGCGAUCAAGGAUUUGGUACUUAUGACCAAGGAUGAAGUCACCCAGCAUGAGAAGUUGGUGCUCAAGGGCGACAAGACCCCUGAAGAAGUUUAUGAUGCCAAGGUUAUCAAGUUGGUGAAGGAGAGGAUGAAGGAGGAGGCCAAGUAUCGCGAUUUGAGG